AUGGAGAAAUUUGUGGUACAGAUACCGGCACUAUCUGAUAGUAGUGACGCUGGGUCGGCCGAUCGAGGGGACGUAACAUGCACCAAAGACGGUGAACCUUGUUGUACGGAUAAAUGCACUGUUAGUGGUGGCACGACUCCUGAUGGCAACAGACGACAUUCUAGUAGAAGCAGACGAUCUGGAAGUGUGGUUAGAACUACGGACGGAGAUGGUGUAGCUGACACUUCACACAAAGAACUUUACAACGAACCUGGCGACGUGUAUGGCGAAGAUAAAGCAACCGUCGCUGUCGUCACGUCGGCCAAGAAUUCAAGUCCAGACAGAGCAACUGCUGGUGUAGACAAAACAACCCCUGACGUUAAAGGGAGACAUUCUAGCAGAGAUAGACGGUCUGGGAGUGAGGUUAGGUCGAACCAAACAUGUGACGCAGAUGCAGAAAUUGUUAGUGAAAUAACUUCUGAUGGUAACAGACGACAUUCUAGCAGAGAUAGACGGUCUGGGAGUGAUGCUAGGUCGAACCAAACCUGUGACGCAGAUGCAGAAACUGUUAGUAAACUAACUUCUGAUGGUAACAGACGACAUUCUAGCAGCGAUAAACGGUUCGGUAGUGCGAUUAGGUCUGGCGAUAUUGAUAACAAAACCUGUAGUACACAUGUAGAAUCUGUUAGUGGUGAAAUACCUUCUGGUGGAAACACACGACAUUCUAGCAGAGGCAGACGAGCUGGUAGUACUGGUAGAUCUAACGAUAUCGAAGGGGUAACAUCGGAAAGAAUUGAUUUAGAAACUGUUGAUGGAGAUAAAACAUACUUUACUGAUGAUAGAACACGGCACUUUAGUAGAGACUGGUCUGGCAGUGAUGUUAGGUCUAAACAUACCCAGGGGGCAACAUCAGAUAAUGCUAAUACUGUUAGUAUAGACAGAACAAACUCUCCUGAUGGUAGAACACGGUACCCUAUCAGAGGCAGAAGGUCUGAUAGCGCUGUUACGUCUAAAGAUAUCGAGGAAAUAAUUCCAGGUAGUAAAGACUUUGAAACUGCCAGUGAUGUGAUGAAAUAUGUUGGCAGCUAUCGACUAUCUAGUAAAGGCGGGGCCUCUGGUAACGCCGACCUGACUGCAGAUACCGGAGACAUAACACCUGGUAGCGCCCACAUAGAAACCUACCGUGACGAAGGGGCGAGACAUGGCGUCGAUAGAUCUACAGAUGUAAGUCCAAAGAGAGUAAGUGUUGGUGAAGAGAGACUAAGUCCAGAUCGUAGCAUACGUAACUCUGUUGGUGCCGAGAGACAAAGUCCAGAUCGUAGCAUACGUAGCUCUGUUGAUGGUGAUAGACAAAGUCCAGAUCGUAGCAGACGUAACUCUGUUGGUGGAGAGAGACAAAGUCCAGAUCGUAGCAUACGUACCUCUGAUGGUGCAGAGAGACAAAGUCCAGAUCGCAACAGACGUAGCUCUGUUGAUGGUGAGAGACUAAGUCCAGAUCGUAGCAGACGUAACUAUGUUGAUGGAGAGAGACUAAGUCCAGAUCGUAGCAUACGUAACUCUGUUGGUGCAGAGAGACUAAGUCCAGAUCGCAACAAACGUAGCUCUGUUGAUGGUGAGAAACUAAGUCCAGAUCGCAACAGACGUAACUCUGUUGAUGGAGAGAAACUAAGUCCAGAUCGCAACAGACGUAGCUCUGUUGAUGGUGAGAGACUAAGUCCAGAUCGCAACAGACGUAACUCUGUUGAUGGAGAGAAACUAAGUCCAGAUCGCAACAGACGUAGCUCUGUUGAUGGAGAGAGACUAAGUCCAGAUCGCAACAGACGUAACUCUGUUGAUGGAGAGAGACUAAGUCCAGAUCGCAACAGACGUAGCUCUGUUGAUGGUGAGAGACUAAGUCCAGAUCGCAACAGACGUAACUCUGUUGAUGGAGAGAAACAAAGUCCAGAUCGCAACAGACGUAGCUCUGUUGAUAAAGGGAGGCUAAGUCCAGAUCGCAACAAACGUAACUCCGUUGAUAAAGAGAGACUAAGUCCAGAUCGUUGCAGACAUACCUCGGUUGAUGGCGAGAGACCAAGUCCAGAUCGCAGCAGACGUAACUCUGUUGAUGGAGAGAAACUAAGUCCAGAUCGCAACAGACGUAGCUCUGUUGAUGGUGAGAGACUAAGUCCAGAUCGCAACAGACGUAACUCUGUUGAUGGAGAGAAACUAAGUCCAGAUCGCAACAGACGUAACUCUGUUGAUAAAGAGAGGCUAAGUCCAGAUCGCAACAAACGUAACUCCGUUGAUAAAGAGAGACUAAGUCCAGAUCGUAGCAGACAUACCUCGGUUCAUGGCGAGAGACCAAGUCCAGAUCGCAGCAGACGUAACUCCGUUGAUAAAGAGAGACUAAGUCCAGAUCACAACAGACGUAACUAUGUUGGUGGAGACAAACUAAGUCCAGAUCGUAGCAUACGUAACUCCGUUGGUGGAGAGAGACUAAGUCCAGAUCGUAGCAGACGUGACUCUGUUGGCAGCAGGAGCACUUCUGGUGGACACAGACAAACCUGCUGA